ACAGCGGACGGAACCAACCUUACAGGCGUCGAGACGCCUGGCUGCUCGCAUACAGCAUAAUACUCCUUCGACACGCGACUAACUGGCCUCGAAGGGUCCUGAUUGUCAGUAGGGCACUGGUGGACCUUUGAGAGAGGCUCUGUGCAGCUUCACUUUAGGCGGUGAUCUCCUCCUUCGCUCGUUGUCGUUAUGCCAGAGCCGUCUCUAUGACCGGACGGGACCACCCAGAAAGAGGUAUCCUGUGAAAUCGCACAUCGCGGACAGAGGUAGGAGUGUUGUCCUUGAUCCAAUACCAUCCAUCCGGGGUCUUUUGGCUUCCCACCGAUCGAGAUCUCCGAAAUGACCGGGGUUGAGAUCGCUGAUGUUCCUCCUAUGACACCUGCGCCCGAACGGCCGCUUCUGAAGGCUCAUAAAGCUCUUCCGCGCAGGCGAGGCGUUUCCUCUCAAGAAAGUGUUACGCCAAUACGAACUCCACCCUCAAACCGAGUCAGCAAGCCGCAGGCAGAUACGGCUGUCCCGAGACUACCUCUGACGCCGCCUGGCCAGCCUGGCGAAGGAUAUAUCAGAAAGCCGUCUGAAGGACGAGAUGGCCUGUCACGAACUGAAGGUCAAACGGUCAGAGUUGUGACCCCGCCUCAUCAGAGAAUACCUCUGACUCCCGACACAACUCCACCUCGCAUAGCGACUCUGUCACAAAAAGCUAGACCCGGAAUGCAAAUGCUGGCUUCGAACUCCUCCAGAGCGGAGUCUUUCAAGACUGCGCUGGAGGGAUUCUCCGACGAAGACACGAAACGACCUAACCUCUCGUCCCAAUCACUGUUGCGGAUGAGCGAGGAAGAACUGUUGCCAGAAGAGACGAUAGGAAGAAUUGAGUCUGUACCGCCGUCAGACAGCUCCUCUGGCAAAGCUACCAGCUCAACUUUAAAGCAUAGCCGCCACGUGGAGCACGCCUCGAGUUUUGGUUCAUUCGAUGGCGACUGGGUGAAUAGACGCGAAGGAGGGACUGCCACAUCACAUGGAAGCCAAAAAACGAUCGACCAACGUGGAUGCCGUCCAAAUGGGAAUCCAGCUCAGCAGAAUCUGGAGAAUGGCGGCAUAGAUGCCAAAGCGCUGGCGGUGUCUCUUAGUCGUGAAAAGUGCUUGCGUGACAGAGUACGAGAAACACGCGACGCCCCCGCCAGCCCGUCGAUAGAGAAAUUUGGGGAAGAUAUCGGUUGGUUGUCUACGGAAGACCAAGCAUACAUAAACGAACGCAUUCAGUCUUGGAGGAUGUCCAGUGCAUCAACUACGUCCACGGUUGAAGCUCUGGUAAUUGACUCCCCUCCACGAGUCAAGCCAGCCCUACGUCACACGGAGAAGAGAUCGUCCCUGCGCUCUGCCAGCUCCCCUAUGCCGAAGUCUAAUCGUACCUCGAUGCUUCCGAUCGCCGACUCGCAGCAUCGGCUGGUGCACAAAGCGGCCCGCAUAACGAACCACCAUCGCUGGAGCACCGCGUCUGAUCUAUCCGUUCCAGUGAGCGUAUCUUCGAAUGCGAUGCGGCAGAAGCAAGAGGUUAUCCCGGUAGUCGUUAUUCCGGAGAGACGCUCAUCCCUGAAAUCCUCAGCUUCGACUAGCAGGAAUCAGUCUACAGUCCCUUCACGCGGAUCGAGCCGUCGGCCAACCAUCGCACAAGAUAGUCGAAACGGCUCACUGGAUCUGCCACGCCAAAGGCGGCGUAGGAGGUCAGAUUCCACUCCGUCCUCCAUUGACUCCAGGGAUAUAGGAAUAAGAGGGCGCGUCUUAAACAGACCCAAAAUUCCUCAGCGCAGCUCAUCAUUGUCCGCUCCUACCAGCAGGAACACUUCGCGGACCACCUCGCUCACAUCAGAAAGCCUGCAGCGCCAUACCCUAGCGACUGAGAAGGAGAAUCGGAGACAGAAGGCGGAAGACAACAAAGAACCCACUGCCAGUGCCACCGUCCCUCCUGAUCAGGAUCUCAGCGUGGACUUCUCUCGUCGCACGUCUGUUUCGCAAGCAGCCGAUGACAGCUCUGUCCUGCGACGGCCGUCUCUGCCUUACACACAACCGUCGAUUCAGUCCUCUUCACCGGGGCCGGUGGAAAUCCACGAAGCAACAGCUGUCACUCUAUUCCCCCAUAACAACAGGUCGCUGCUACUUGUUGAGCAGAAUGUGCAGCCUGAAUCCCAAGCUGUUCAAGCGUUGCGCACGUUCCCUACCUAUGUCAACACCUUCGGAAGAGCAGAGACGCCGGAAAUGAUGCCACCGGGCCUAGCCGACGUGGAUUCGCCUCUGAGGAAUCCCCGUCCGCCGCCAAAGCCUCCAGUGGUCAAGAUUAUUCCACCCACGCCCAUGGAAGAAAUAGAACGUAGACUUGGCUCUCCGGAGCUCAGCAACGCUCUCGGCCGCCGGUUUCGUCAAGUCAGACGGGCCUUUACUGUCCGUCGUCUGUCCGAGGUCGGCUCUCCCUUCACUCGGCCUAUCUCAAUGAGGACUGCCAAGAACCGCAAAGCAGGAAAGGAGAUGGAUAGUCGCCUACAUCCAUUUUGGCGCCCCCGCGGAUUUUGGGACGACUUUUCAGAUUCUGAUGACGAAGACAUUGUUGCAGACAAUAAGGGUGACAAAGGAGCGAGCGAUAUGAUUAUCAGCAAUUCUCUAGGUAUGCCUCAGAAGCGGGUGAUUUUCGAUGGACCUAUAUCCCUGCCGCGUCGAAUGCAGACUGCGGGUCGUGCCAAUGGGACAGGACCUCAUGGAUCGAGUCGAGUCAGCCUCGCGAGCAGGAGGAGCGUUGGCAGUGGUAUCUUCAGACCACGAUCGCCUUACAGUUCGCGCCGUUUGCGUACAAUCUCCCUCUUUGGACUCCGGCUCCGAUUCAUCGGUUUAAGAGAGCUCCAGUGGCGUCUCAAACGUGCGCGCGACCAGCGCGAGCAAGCUAAAUUGGACGAGAGAAGAGAAAAGUUGAAGCAAAGCAUUGGCGACAGGGUCUUUGUGGAUUCCAGCACUACUACUGGGAAUAUUGGGAACAGGAGAGCUAUUACGGCCAUAUAAACCGACCUUCUUUGUCAAGUAUUGGUCUGGUACCAUGUUUGACGUUCGUUUCUGGUGAAUCUCGUUAUCCGCCUACUUUUAAUAUCUGUUG